AGAUCACAUUGUGAGGCCAUGAUUGACUGUAUUAGAGGAAAUACAUGGUGAUGUGUGUGUUGUUGAGGCAACGAGUGAUUAUUUUCAAUAUAGUUUAAAAAGUGUGAAAGAUUCAUAUUGGUAUUUCCUCAAGGCUUUGAGAAUUCCUCCAUUGGCUCUAGUUAAAAGCAGUAUGAACGUGGCCUGUAAAUAAAUAUGACUUUCCUGCUUGUUAUGUAGAAGAGGAUAUGGACUCGUAAUUAGGGUUGGGCAAUUAUUGCUUCACAACGCUAUCUCUCUGCGUACUUUCAUAGGACACCCCUAACGUAUUUUGGAAGGUUCCACUUCGGCCUGUUGAAGGGGUCAGGUACAUUUCCUCUUUAAGGAAGCAUUUAGGAGCAACAUUGCUACGCAACACACAGCAAUUGCCAGAAUAACUUCAGUUAAAUUUAGAACUUGGCAGCAGAGUAGGCAUAGGUUGGCAUUGAUCGUGUGAGAACUAACGUGUCGAAGAACUCCUAAAUGAAUCUGACUCUGUGCAUCAGUGUUUUCUACUUCUACCAUUAGACCUGCUUUAUAUUGAGGCUCGUUAUGAUGUGCACAAAUUGAUUUUAGGAUCAUAACAUGAUUAGCACUUAAUGUUUACAUGUUUACUGUUACACCAGUGACUGUUGUGAGCACAUGUUUUCACUCUGUAUCUCUCGUGUACUAUAUUUCUACUAUGUAAACACUGUGGAUAGUAUGGAUAUUCCCCUAUUGCUUCGCUUGAGAUCAUUGUACUGCUAGCAGUCUAGUAUAAAUCUGUGUCAGUGUUCAUUGUACACCAACUGAAAUCAGAUUGGAUUAAUCUUUCAGAAUUUUAUCUUUACUUCACUAUGACAUCCCUGAUACGCACAGCUAAUAAUAGUGCAGUAAACAAUGCAGUGAAAUUUCUACGGGAUACAACAGAGCUGUUUGAAGUUGAUUCUAUAGAAGAUGACAUUCCUGCGACAUCCAGAAAACAUCGGACAACCAAUGGUUCACCCUUCAACAGCAUGCCUCAGUCUUUACCAUCUCAUACCUGGAAAAAAUAUAGCAGUGGUUUGGAUGAAUUUCUGCUUCCGAAUGACAAUGAUUUCAGCCUUGAUUUAAGUGAUAGAGUAGGUGCAUUAGAAAGGACAGUACGCGAUCAGCUAGAUGAAAUAACUUGUCUUAAAACUGCCUUGGCUGACGUCGUCAGAAGAUUAGCGACAGUUGAACAUUCAGCUAAAAAUAACACGAGAGGGAUGCCACAAGGCCCAUUCAAAGUCAGAGAUGUACCAGGUUUAUUCAACUCAUCGCCCCUUCCAUCAAGACCUCCUGUACCAAGCAAUGAUAGACAUAGAAUAAAGAGGCCUUCAACACCAGAACCAAAGAGAAGAACUGCGUCAUUUGGAAACUCUGAUAAACAGAGAUUAAAGAGAUGGGGUUCAAAUGAUAGUGACACAUUCUUGACAGAUGCAGGUUCAUCAAGGAGAAGUGCCUCCCUGACGAAUCUAUCACCUAGGGACAGAAGAGGAUCCUCUGGUUCUACCUCUGGAGGAUUCCAAAAGGAGCCGCAGCAUAAUGCUGCGUCCCAUUCUACAUAUAACCAGGAGGAAGGCUACGUUCGCAUCUACCUAAGAGGACGCCCUGUAACCAACUAUCUUCCAUCAGACGUUGAGGAUUAUGAUAUCAAUGCCAAGCACCCUGCACCAACUGAGAAACUCAAACUUGACUGGGUAUAUGGGUACCGUGGUCGAGACUGCCGUUGUAAUCUCUACCUCCUUCCGACUGGUGAGAUCGUCUACUUCAUGGCAGCGGUUGUCAUCCUCUAUAAUGUAGAAGAACAGAAUCAAAGGCACUACAUGGGUCAUAAUGAUGAUGUCAAAAGCAUUGCAGUGCAUCCAGACAGUGUUACCAUAGCAACAGGUCAGGUAGCAGGUCACGAUGCUGCUGAGGGAAAGCCCCAUGUGAGGAUUUGGAGUUCUAUCACCUUGGAAACCCUUCAUGUUAUUGGUCUUGGAUUCUUUGAUAGGGCAGUAUGCUCACUCAGUUUCUCUAAAGUGAAUGUAGGUGUUCAUCUUGCAGCUGUUGAUGAAUCUAAUGAACAUGUUCUCUCAUUGUGGGACUGGAAGAAGGAGAAGAAAAUCUGUGAAACAAAGAGUUCUCAAGACCCAGUCUUAGCCUGUGAGUUCCAUCCUAUGAAUGAUGAACAGAUCAUCACACUUGGUAAAGGUCACAUUCAUUUCUGGAACACUGCUGGUGGAAAACUGGUCAAGAAAUCUGGUAUCUUUGAGAAAUAUGAUAAGCCCAAGUUCGUGUUGAGUCUUGCAUUCACUGGUAACGGUGAUGUUAUCACAGGAGACUCUAAUGGAAAUAUGUACAUCUGGGGAAAGGGCAAUACACGUAUCUCCCAGGCUGUUCUUGGAGCUCAUGAGGGUGGUAUAUUCUCUCUAUGUGUGAUGAAUGAUGGUCAGAUUCUCUCUGGAGGAGGGAAAGACAAGAAGGUUGUUCUAUGGACUGCAGACUAUCAACAAAGUGAAACCACUCAGGUCCCUGAGUCUACAGGACCAGUAAGAACUCUGUGUAAAGGUAAAGGGGAGAACUUCUAUGUAGGAACAACCAGGAAUGCCAUCCUCAGUGGGGAUAUGGGAGGAGACUUCAACACUCUGGUCCAGGCCCAUACGGAAGAGCUGUGGGGUUUAGCCAUACAUCCAACACAGGGUUUGUUCUUGACAUGUGGAUAUGAUAAGAAUGUCAUCUUGUGGGACUUUGAACAACACACACAAAGAUGGAACAAAUUCAUGGAGGAUGGAUGUCAAUCAGCUGGGUUUCAUCCCUCUGGUGAAGUGGUUGCCAUAGGAAUGACCAGUGGACGAUGGGUAGCCCUAGACGUAGAGAAUGGUGAUCUCUAUACAGUACAUACUGAUGGCAAGGAACAACAUGACAUCAUCAGAUAUUCACCCAAUGGAGAAUAUCUUGCAGUAGCUUCCCAUGAUAACUACAUCUAUAUUUAUUCAGUGAAAGAAACAGGCCGAAAGUACUCCAAAGUUGGAAGAUGUUCUGGUCAUUCUAGCUUUGUAACUCACAUUGACUGGUCAGCUGACUCCACCAAACUUCAGUCUAAUUCCGGUGACUAUGAGCUACUCUUCUGGGAUGCAGAAACCUGCAAACAGAUUGUUGGCAGCAAAGAAACAAGAGAUAUUGAAUGGGCAACAUUCACUGGCGUCCUUGGAUAUCCUGUCUGUGGCAUCUGGCCUGAAGGUAGUGAUGGUACAGAUGUAAAUACUACAGCACGAUCAGGAAAUGGUAAUAUCUUAGCUACUGGGGAUGACUUUGGAAAGAUCAGUCUCUUCAGAUAUCCUGUCAACCAUCCAAAGGCUGACUGCAAUUCAUUCAAAGGCCACAGCAGUCAUGUUACUAGUGUUGCAUUCAAUGAGGAUUCCACUAAACUCAUUUCUACAGGCGGACGUGACAUGUCAUGCAUGCAGUGGAGUGUUGUCUAACAUCAGCUACCGUUUGUCUUUAGAUAUAUUCAUCUAAGUUCCCAUAUGGUAUCUCAUGUAACUUAUAUUCAUUGUUCCUCCACUGUUAUCUUCCAACAUGCCUUAUAUGGGUUUUGCUUCAUUCAUACCAAGGUAGAAAUUUUAUCAGAGCGAUUGAAGUUGUAAGGUAGUAGGGACAGAGAGUUGCACAGAUUUGAUGGUAAUUUGACUAUUUAAGUUUACUGGAUGAGUAAUUACAAGAAAGUCUUCAAAUAUAAACAUUGUACUUAUGGCACUGUUUGUCUUUCACUGAAAUGCUUCACAAAACAAGUCAUCAAAGGAAUACAAUUAUAUCAAAGCCUUCUCAAUUGUUUUUGAUAUCUUCAGAAAGUCUAUAUAUUUAUGUGUUUGAUCGAAAUAUACCACAUUUGGUGAUGUUUCUACAAUCAUGAAUACAAUCAAGUUUAUUUGUAUUGUUUAUUAGUAAAUUCUAUAUAAAUAUCAGUUAUUUCUGUUUGUGGGCUCUCAUUAAUGUUAUAUGCAUUGCUUCCUGGCUUCAGUGAGGUGGGAUCCUUAACCCAAAUGGGAAAGUUAACUUGCCAUAACAAGAAAAAGGAUAAAAGUAGUUAUAGAGAGUAUGCAUUGGCAUUGCUGAAAGUGUUCAUUGGGUGUACAUUAUUUUUACCAUUUUCUUUUUCAAAAAGAUAUGGGGAAAGUAAUGAAAGAAUGUACUUGUUAUAUUACAGUCUGCUAUUCCAUGCUAAGGCUAUCUAUUUAGGUAAACACUUUACAGUCCAGCUGCUGACAUAUCGUUUAAUUUUUAUUUCUCGACUCAAUAGUGUUUUGUCCAGUCAGAUUGAAAAGUGGAAGUAAACAAAUUCUCUGUUGUAAUUAAUUCUUUAAAAGUAUUGGAAUUGCUUCCUAUUAUGAUAUGAAUUAUUUCUCUUUGUACUUGUCAAACCUAUUACAGAGUAAGGUUGAUCAAUAUUUCCAAGAUGUAAUAUAUGAGUGUAUGACACCAAUGUAUUGAUUGGAAUGGAAUCAUUCAUAAUGUUUGAGAGUAAAUACUGAAAAGAAUAUAUAUUUGGUUGAAGUGAUUUCACAGAGAUGAAAUAGAUCAGAAUUUGAUUAACAAGUGCUAUAGUGUGCAGUUUGUUGAAGUGUUUACACAAUCUAUAUUUCUCUUGCAUUUAACCAAUAUCCCAUCCAUAUCACAAGUGAAUAUGGAAGCAAUUCUGAAUAAUUUACAAUCAUUUCCCUUAAAAUUUUCCCUCAUAUCUUUUCUUUGACAAUGCUGUGUGGUUUGUUUAACCCAUUGAUGAGUAUGCAUACAUACAUUGUUAAACAUACCCACUAUUAGCCAACCAGAAAUACAAUUUUUGGUAAGUCUGUGAUUCAAGGCCUUGGUUAUGUCAAUCAUUGGGUUAAGGCAAACAAUUGAGACAAUUUUUUACAUAAAAACUGGUUAAUCCAGUCAAUUUACAAUCUGUAAUUGGAAAUAUAAGAAUGUAUGGUCUAGCUAUAAAAGGAAAUAUUUUAAAAUUCCAGGAUUUGUUGUGUACUGUAAUAAAUUUAAGGAAAACAGUUACAAUGGUUUUAGAGAUGUCAUGUGGUUUGUAUCUACCAUUUGUUACAGGGAGGUUCUAUGUGACAAGGAUAGGCUUUCUCCAUGUACAAUCUUGUUUGGAAAUUGAUAUAGUCUGACAAAAUAGUCUGAUACAAUCUGACAAAAUGUGUAAGGAAACGUAUUUGUAGAUAUGUAAAGUUAUAGAGAAGUAAGAAAACAUGGUGGUUGAAUUUGUAUGGCAAAGGAGUAGUUUUUUGUAUAGUCAUGUGAUGAAUGAAAUUCAAGUCCUUGAAACAUUAAGGAAUUAUAUUAUAUUGGGACGCAUGCACUGUUCAUUUUGUAUUUUUAUCGCAAAGAAAAAAUAUAUAGGCCCAGAUAACUGGCCGAAACAUGUAAUGUUCUUCGUAAAUACAAUCACGACUUCAUCUCUUUCUAAGAAAUAUUCAUGUUAAAAUUUUCACUCUUAUGAUAAAUGAUGAUAAUGAUGAUAAUAAUUAAACUUUGAAGUUUGAUAAGUUAUAA